ACCACCCGUCCCGCGGCCCGCAUCAGGCAACGGUACCGUUCCUUGCGCACGCGCGAUAGCGGCCUGGCAUUCUGUAUUCGUGUGGCAGUCCUGUAGUCUGUCGCGACAGGCUGUCAAGAACGGAACAGUCCGGCAUCGCACCGAAAGCAACCAAUACUGCAUAAAUUGAGGAAAUGGUAACCGAGAACUAAAUCGCCAAGUCUUUACGUACAGCAUUUUUUUUUACAGUCGAAACAAAGGUUGCGUGGUGCUCAAGCUUCAUCUCGGUCCCUGCUGUUCUGGGAGGCUGGUACCGGAUCACACGAGCGGCAGGACUAGUCUGAUAUUCUGGCCCGGGCCGUACCAUGCUGGUCCCCUCUCCCUCAGGCCCGGUGUGGGUCAGGAGAUGAGAGCGCUGGGCUACGUCCUGCAGUAUGAGCGUCCACUCCAUAGGGGGCGCCAUUGUGAACUCUCUGGGCACUAGCCUGGUGGCGCACAUGAGCAGCAGAAGCCUGUCGCUGAAGCCCCUGCAGUCCGGCCGUGUCACCUCCCUCCUGCAGACCAUGGUGCCCUCGGGCUACAGCAAGCUCCAGGACGAGCGGCUGGCGCUGGGGGACCUCGGGGGCAAGGCCGACGCCCACCAGAACGGGUUCCGCGCCGAGCCGCCCCACCUGGAGAGCCGGCGGCACUCGGACCGCUGCGGCGCCCGCGCGUCCGUCAGCCUGGCCGACAACGGCGACUGUCGCUACGCGGAGACCGAGGCCCUGCUGACAGAGACCCUGCUCUCCGGGGACGACGACGAAGAGGAGGAGGAGGAGGAGGGGGGUGUGGGGGAGGGGCUCCUGGAGGAAGACGAGGAGCAAGGCUCGGCCGCCCGCAGGAUGCCCAAGGAGUCGCCCCUGGCGAUGGCGCUGCAGAUCCUCCUGCCCUUCCUAUUGGCCGGCUUCGGCACGGUUUCAGCCGGCAUGGUGCUGGACGUGGUGCAGCACUGGGAAGCCUUUAAGAACAUCACAGAGAUCUUCAUCCUGGUGCCGGCUCUUCUGGGUCUGAAGGGGAAUCUGGAGAUGACCCUGGCUUCCCGACUGUCCACUGCGGUCAACGUGGGCAAGAUGGACUCUCCCAUUGAGAAGUGGAACUUGAUCAUUGGGAACCUGGCGCUGAAGCAGGUGCAGGCCACGGUGGUGGGGUUCCUGGCGGCCGUGGCGGCCGUGGUGCUGGGCUGGAUCCCGGAGGGAAAGUUCCAGAUGAGCCAUGCGGUGCUGCUCUGCUCCAGCAGCGUGGCCACAGCCUUCAUCGCCUCCCUGCUGCAGGGCAUCAUCAUGGUGGGCGUGAUCGUCGGCUCCAAGAAGACGGGCAUCAACCCUGACAACGUGGCCACGCCCAUCGCUGCCAGCUUCGGAGACCUGAUCACGCUGGCCAUCCUGGCCUGGAUCAGCCAGGGCCUGUACGUCUGCCUGGACUCCCACCCGUACGUCUCCUCUCUGGUCUGCGCCCUCUUCCUGUCCCUCACGCCCGUCUGCAUCGUCAUCUCCUCCAAACACCCGGCCAGCCGCACACUGCUGUACUCCGGCUGGGAGCCCGUCAUCACCGCCAUGGUCAUCAGCAGCAUCGGAGGCCUCAUCCUGGACAAGACGGUGUCGGACCCGAACCUGGCGGGCAUCGUGGUCUACACCCCCGUCAUCAACGGUAUCGGAGGAAACCUGGUGGCCAUCCAGGCCAGCCGCAUCUCCACACACCUGCACUUCCACAGCGCACCUGGAGAGAUCCCCGAGGAGGCCAAGGGCUGCUACUACCCCUGCCGCACCUUCUGUGGCACAGGAGCCAAUCACCGUUCAGCCCAGGUGCUGCUCCUAUUGGUCAUCCCGGGUCACCUGAUCUUCCUGUACACCAUCCACCUUAUGAAGAGUGGCCACACCACGCUCACGCCCAUCUUCAUGGCGGUUUACCUGGCGGCCGCGCUGCUGCAGGUGCUGACCCUGCUCUCCAUAGCAGACUGGAUGGUGCACUCCAUGUGGCGCAGUGGGAAAGAUCCGGACAGUUUCUCCAUCCCGUACCUGACGGCGCUGGGGGACCUGCUGGGCACCGCCCUCCUGGCACUCAGCUUCCACUUCCUGUGGGUCAUCGGGGACCAGGACAGCGACGUGGGGGACUGAGGCGGGGCGGUCCGCACCCCAAAACCGCACCCCUGCCAUUUCCCAGGAGGAAAGGUCCCAGCCAAUCAAAUGCUACCCUGGAGGUCACAUAACUUUAAACAUUUACCAAUGGUACAGAAGAGGAUGGACAGGUGGGAGGGGCUAAUACUCACGGGAGGCUUUAUUCGGGUUGGCUCCUCUGUGAAAUGGACCGUCUUCAGAGCUGCAGGGUACUUGGUCCAGCUGGACGUGGAGAUUACUUUUUUUUGUGUUUUUGCUGCGGCUUUCCUCCUAUCAGGAAGCACAUACAUACGCAGCCUGGUACCUUACAUUUUUUUAUAUGGUUGGAAUAACAGCUUUGGACACUGUUCACAUGAGCCUGUGCAGCCUCUGCGUCUCUGUCUGCAAGUACUUGUUGCUUUAAUGGUUUACUGUCAGAACCACGGGGCUCCACCCACUUCACAUCAACACUGCGGAGCUCCGCCCCCUCACAUCAGCACUGUGGAACGCACCCGCACUCUCAUUGGUGCUCCGGGCUCCCAGAUUCCACCUGGUGUCAAUAGCCAAUGGUCAAGCCCUAACCAGUCAAAAUGAAUGUGUUACUCAAACAUUGUUUACAUGUACGCUAAUCAAUAUUAUUAAAAUAUAUGUGCCUCACAAUGUUCACUGGUCAAGGAGGUAUAAUUGUAAGUUUUCUUUUUUGUCAAAAUGUACAUUUACCAUUCUAUGAACACAGUUUAUUUACAUUCCACUGUUUGUGACAAUGGCAACAGCUGUUUGCUUGCCGUCAUGCUUUUGUAAAUCUAAAUAAAUGUGUCCACCAUUUUGGUACUAAA